AUGAAGGAGAAUUUUGACAGGCUUUUUCCUCCACCUGAUUUUGCCAUGUUUUCCUAUGUCCCUACUGUGCAAUCAGCUAAGCCUAAUAUGGCUUUUUUAGACAUAAUUUCUCAGGUUUCUUAUGCAAAAGGACCUGAGAGCAAUUCUGUGUUUAGCUCUGUUCUUCUUGUAGCAGUUCGUAAAGAUGCACAAGGGCAGCCACAACCUUAUGUUGCCUUAAGAUAUCCCAAACAGGAGAACUUAGUUUAUGACAGCAACAUUUUGUCUCACUUAUGUUUUCCUGAUGCAAGUUCCUUGAAACCAACUUCAGUGUAUAAAAGUGAGAGCUUCUUUUUCAUGCUGUUUGAUGAAAAGGAUGAAAAGAUACAUGGUUAUUGUUGUCGUCUGCUGGGUGGUCCUUCUCAACCUUCUACAUCAUUUGUAACAUUUCCAGCUGCUGUGUGUAUUUUUUCUGCAUCUAGUCUUUUGCCAUUUUACCUUAAGCUUUUGGGAGAAUUAGAGAAAUGUUUCUCUCAUCCUGAACUGGUGUGGUGUAACAUCUUGUCUCUGCUUCAUAAAUCAAAACUUCCAACACCAGGAAAAGCUUUGUCUGUUUCUUAUCAAAAUGUAAUGGAAAUCUCUGUGAUUAGACCACUAGAAGAUGCAAAGUUUCAUGGAAAAUUGACAAGUUUACUCCAGCUUCUGGAUGUUGACUUGCUGUUAAAAGUUAUGGCAUCUCAGUUAUUGGAACGUAGGGUGUUAUUUUUCAGUCAAUCUACCAGCAUACUAUUUGAUAGUAUCACAACAGUUUUGUCAUUGCUGUACCCCUUUUCCUGGCAACAUCUUGUGAUUCCAUGUUUGCCAACAUGCUUGUUGGCCCAGUGUUGUGUAACCACUCCCUAUCUGAUAGGAGUCCUGAGUAGCAGUGCCCACACAGUGAUGGAAAUCCUUGAUAAUAAGGUUUUGGUUGUGGACAUAGACCAGGCAAACUUGUUACAAGAGGUUGGGGAUGAAGACUCAAUUCUUCCAGGAAGGAUACAAAAAGCUCUAAGAAUGGCUUUAAGUUUAGCAAAAAAUAUGACAGAUCCAACAGAGAUGUUACGUGAUGUAAUGAUAUCUGAAGCCUUUAUAAGGAUGUUUGUAGAAAUAGUUGGACACGUUGAGAGCAGCAUUACAGAAGGAGAAAAUGGAGAACUAAUUUUUCAGAAAGACUAUUUCUGUAAGUGUCUAUCCUCUCGAAGCAUCCAGAAGUUUCUUCAGUGGUUUACAGAAACUCAAAUGUUUGAUAUCUUUGUUGAAGAACAAAAAAGUCUGAUGUGUAAGAAAAGACUGUGGGAAAAACAGUUGGAUCAGCCACAUCAUAUGAGUUUGUUUGAUCGAAGAGUUCUAGAAUUUGUGAAAGAGAGUGAACAGACAACUUCAUGUCUACGUGGAAAUGUACGGGAUAUUGGAAAAUUUGUGAAAACAUUUGGUGAGAAGCUGAAACACUUGAAAGCAUUCUAAAAACCAUAUUUUCUUUCAUUAUCAUUGUCAUAAAGCAUAUGACUUGAUCUCAUGAAACAGGUUUGUUGACAUUAUAAAGGUGGAAUAAUUUUUUAUGGGGUAUGUUGUAAAAGAAUAUGAGUUUUUUUUGUAAGAAAUAUGCUGUAAGCUAUGGGCAUUUGAAACAUUAUAUUUUUGCUAAUUGAAUUAGAUUCUUAAGCUGUACUUACAAGUGUUAUUUGUAUAUGGGUGUGUGGUUAUGCCUGAAAUUUAAAUAUGUUACCAGCCAUUAAUUUUAUAAAAAAUACCAGUUUUGCUCAUUUUUUCAUGUAAUUUAUCUUUUGAAGACUAACUUUAUUAUUACUGUUGUAAAGAAAACUCAUUUAUUAAUUUUGUUUGUCUGGAAAAGCAGUUUGAGGUUUUCAAGAUUUUUGUUGAGAUGUGAAACAUUUUUCCUGUACAUUCUAAGGAUGGUAAUUGGAGAAGGUACUAUUUAUAAACAGUAGAAUUUAAGUAAGUUAAAAUAUUUUAAUGUAAUAAAUGGGAAUUUAAUUUUGGUGAUGUAUCUGUAACUGUAGCUUUUGCAUAAAGAAUUUUCAUGGCAGGUGCAAAAAUUAAACUUGCUUAAAUUAUUUAAUCAAAUCUUAAUACAAUUACUUACUUAUUAUUGUUUUUAAUUGCACUUUUAAAACAAAAUUAGAGUUGCUUGAGUAAGUGUUUUAAAAUGCAGUUUAGUGCACAAAUUAAAAUUAAUGUGAGGCUAUGGUGCUCAUUUUCGAUAACGAGGAACCCACUUUGAGACUAAUAAUGGCUGGAGACGGCUUGAAUGGGUAAUGAAGAAAAACCUGAUGAUGACAAAACCUCGUCAAAACGUUGUACAUUUGCUGUUAUGUUAAACUUAUUCAUUCUCAUGUUUUUAUUCAACUUAAAUUUGUGACAAAUAUAUGACCUUGUGCCUUUAUUGAUAAAAUUGCUCAUUUUGAGAAAGAAAGUGCAAAUUUCAACAUAAAUUGAAAAGAAGUAUGUGAUGAAAUUAAAUACUUUGAAUCUCAAAGUAUAAUUUAAAUUUGUUUGAAGUGUCUAUUUUGAAACAUGAAUAGGAAACAGUAUAUAAAAUUAUGAGGAAGAAAAAGUUAAUUAUACCUUAAUUUAAAAUAAAAAAGGAGAAUGAGACAGUAUACUCAUCCUCAUUGAUAGUGUUUUGAGUAAAUUUCUAUUGUUUUAUGUAUAUAUAAUGUUUCAGACUCCAUUGAUCUUAGUAGGAAAUUUGAUGCAUUAUUGUAAAGCUUGUUAGACCCAAUGUUGUAUUUUUCUCAAAUCUGAGUUCUCUUUACUGAUUAUAAAUUUUUUAACAUUUUGGAGUUCUUACUAAGUCUUUGACAAGAGAUGGGAAAUUCUGAAGUAUAUAUUACAAUCACAAAUACAGUAGUUUUAUAUAAUGUGUCGUGCUCACAGGUAAAAAGUGCUGUAUGAAAUUUAGGAUAUCAGUCCAGUACUGGUAAAUUAUGAAGCAAUAUAGUUUUAAUCCAUAUGUGAUGUUUUGUAGAUGAAAAAAAUUAACCAUUGGGAAAAAAAAAUAUUGUGUGUAUUUAUAAAAGUAUCUUGUUAUUUAUGUAAGAAGCAUAUGACAAGUACAAACUGAUCUAAAAGUUACCAGUGAAAAGUUUUAAUUGUUGUUCAAGUUAAAUAUUUUUGUCAAGCAUGUAAAAAUGAAAUUAGGUGAAGAGAAACCCAAAGAAAUACUACAUGGUAAGUACAAUAUUUAUUUGAAAAAUUUGCAAACAGAGUGACUAGAAAUUAUUGAAUACAUUCAGUUUUUCCAAAAGAUACCAGAUCAGGUUAAGGAGUUGUGGCAUGAAGUAGCAUUUUAUUUUCUUACAUAAAAAUUAAAAUGUUUUUAUAAAUAUUCUGUAGCAAUAUUUACCUAUGAAUGAUAAAGGUAGGCUAUUGAAAUAUGCAUUUACAUUUAUAUGCAUUGGGUAAUUUGUUAACAUAUAAACAAAAGGGAGCAUAAAAGCAUAUACCCUCCUUAGGUUAGUUUGUAAAUUUUAGAUGAGUUUGAAUGAGUGUGAGUUGUGUUACUGCCAUUAUUUUUGUUUAAUUGGUACACUAAAUUUGUAAACUUUUAUUGAUGUGUAAUGUUCAGUAAACAAAAGAAAUAUUUCAAGUUUCUGUAAUUUUUAUUGACCAGUGUAUAUCUACAGUUUUUAGAUAUUUGUGUGCUUAUUUAUGUUAGUGUUUGGGUUAUGUUGUACACACACUUCUGUGUGUUUAGAUAUAUAUAAUGCCUUAGUUAUGUAUAAACACUUCUGAGGAUUGGUUAGUACAUGAAAUUGCAAACAUGUGCCCUUUUUAUCUAUGCUUCUUCAUACUGUACAAUGUUAUAUCUACAUAUUUAUCAGAAAGUUUUUAUUUUCGCUUUAUUUUGUUUCUUUAUGAAAUCAGUUUCAUGCAACAUUUCUAAGUUUAUUUAAUACAAAGAGCUGUUUUUAAGGCGUUUUUUUCUCCCAGCUUUGCUUUUUAUUACCUUAAAAAUGAUCUGUUAGAGGCUGCAUUUUUAAUACAUUCUCAUUGUAUUUGAAAUGUAUUGAUGGAAAUAGAAAAUAUUUCUACAUGAAGUUGACAUUGAUACAUCUUUUUUAUUAGCAUAGGUGUAUUAAGAAGUUCCUUCAUGAAGUAGUUAUAGUAGCAACCAAUUUUGUAUAUAAAAUGUAUUUCAUGCAAGAACAUUCAGAUUUGUUUAAGGAAAUAUUUUGUCUAUUUUCAAAAAUUUAAGCAGAUAUCACUAUUAAUGAAAAUAGUGUUUGAUGUUCAGUUAACUUGUUUGUUACACCUUCCAAGGUGAUGAUAAAUGUAUUACUUGCCAAAUCUCCCAGCAAAAUUUAAUUGGCAUUCAUCAAUACAGUUAUGACACUCAAAUCACAACCUCUGGGUUUUUGGUUCAAAUCCCAUCAAUGAACAUUCUUGCACUUUCAAUGAUGGAAGCAUUAUAAUGUGAUGAUCAAUCCAAUUAUUCGUUGGUAAGAGUAGCCCAAGAGUUGGUUGUAGGUGGUGUUGAUUAACUGCCUUCCCUCUAAUUUGUCACUUCAAAAAUACUUGUGGUGGGUACAGCACAGAUAGCCCAUUGUAUAGCUUUGUUCUUAAUAACAAAUAUACAAAAAUUUCAGAAUUAUGGAUGACUAGACAGAUAGCCCUUAAGUAGCUUUACACAAAACAAAACAAUACAUUUCUGAGAUUCGAUGACAAGGAACCCACUUUGAGACUAAUAAUGGCUGGAGAUGGCUUGAAUGGGUAAUGUACAUUUGCUGUUAUGUUAAACUUAUAUUAAAGUUUUUCUUCAUUACUCAUUCAAGCCGUCUCUAGCCGUUACAUUUCUGAGAUGUAUUGUAAUAUCCUUAUUCUAACACCAACAUGUGCUAGUGACAUUAAUUUCCUCUCACUUUUUUUGUUGCUUUUAUUGUUUGUUUGAAUUAUAAAUCUAUUAUUGUUGAUGCCAAGAUUAUGUUGUCAACACUAACAACAUCAAGGUGGUCGUUUUGUGUGAACAUUAUAUACCAUGUUUGCAUUCUUUGUAAAAUUUCAACAUCAGCGAGAAAGAAUAAUAAAAUUUUCUUG